AUGAGGUUUCGUGUACCCAGCCAGCAAAUAGAUCUGCAUACAAAAUGCGUGCUGGAUGUGGAUGAAAACAAAGUUAUCCUCCAUCCUGUGAACACUAACCUGUCCAAAGGAGAUGCCAGGAACCAACCAAAGGUCUUUGCCUACGACCAUUGCUUCUGGUCUAUGGAUGAAGCUGUCAAAGAAAAAUAUGCAGGCCAAGAUAUUGUUUUCAAGUGCCUCGGAGAGAACAUUCUCCAAAAUGCCUUUGAAGGCUACAAUGCUUGUAUCUUUGCUUACGGGCAGACUGGAUCUGGGAAAUCUUACACCAUGAUGGGCACAGCCGACCAGCCUGGAUUAAUUCCUCGGCUCUGUAGCGCCCUCUUUGAAAGAGCCCAGGAAGAGGAGAGUGAAGAGCAGAGUUUCAAGGUGGAGGUGUCCUACAUGGAGAUUUAUAACGAGAAAGUCAGAGAUCUUCUGGACCCAAAGGGGAGCCGACAGUCCUUAAAAGUCAGAGAGCACAGCGUCUACGGACCUUACGUCGAUGGGCUGUCGAAGCUGGCCGUUGCCAGCUACAAGACGUCUGGUGAGAAAGUAGGGAAACUGAGCCUCGUGGACUUAGCAGGAAGUGAAAGAGCAACCAAGACAGGAGCUGCAGGGGACAGGCUGAAGGAAGGAAGCAACAUCAACAAGUCCCUCACAACUCUAGGGCUGGUCAUUUCCGCCCUUGCCGAUCAGGCUGCGGGCAAAAAUAAGAACAAAUUCGUCCCAUAUCGUGAUUCAGUGCUGACUUGGCUACUCAAAGACAGCCUCGGGGGCAACAGCAAGACGGCCAUGGUUGCGACGGUCAGCCCAGCAGCAGAUAAUUACGACGAGACCCUUUCUACCCUGCGGUACGCUGACCGGGCCAAGAACAUUGUGAACCACGCUGUGGUGAACGAAGAUCCCAAUGCCCGUAUCAUCCGGGAACUGCGUGAAGAAGUGGAGAAGCUCAAGGAACAGCUCACCAAAGCAGAGGCUAUGAAAUCUCCAGAACUCAAAGAACGCUUGGAAGAAUCAGAAAAACUUAUCCAGGAGAUGACGGUGACCUGGGAAGAGAAGCUAAGGAAGACGGAAGAAAUUGCACAGGAACGGCAGAAGCAGCUCGAAAGUCUUGGCAUUUCUCUUCAGUCUUCCGGGAUCAAAGUUGGUGAUAACAAGUGCUUCCUGGUGAAUUUGAACGCCGACCCUGCCCUCAAUGAACUUUUGGUCUAUUACUUAAAGGAGCACACCUUAAUUGGGUCUGAUAACUCGCAAGAUAUCCAGCUUUGUGGCAUGGGCAUUCUCCCUGAACACUGCGUCAUUGAUAUCACCUCAGACGGGCAAGUCAUGCUGACGCCUCACAAGAAUACCAGGACCUUCGUAAACGGCGCUGCUGUCACUGGUCCCACGCAGCUGCUUCACGGAGAUAGGAUCCUGUGGGGGAACAACCAUUUCUUCAGGCUGAAUUUGCCCAAGAAGAAAAAGAAGGCAGAAACGGAGGAGGAAGAUAAAGACGGCGCCAUGAAAGGAAGCAGCAGCAACGAGCAGCUGGAUCUAGACGGCGACAGCUCUAGCGAAGUUUCCAGCGAGAUCAAUUUCAACUACGAAUACGCCCAGAUGGAAGUCACCAUGAAAGCCCUGGGCGGUAACGAUCCUAUGCAGUCCAUUUUGCAAAGUCUGGAGCAGCAGCACGAGGAGGAGAAGCGAUCAGCCCUGGAACGGCAGAGACUUAUGUAUGAACACGAGCUGGAACAGCUUCGAAGGCGCUUGUCUCCGGAAAAGCAGCAGUUCCGUGCCAUGGAGAGGUUCUCCUUCCACUCUCCCAACGCUCAGCAGCGGCUACGGCAGUGGACGGAGGAGAGGGAAGAGAUGUUGAACCACAGCCUGAGGAAACUGAGGGAGCAAAUCAUGAAGGCCAACUUGUACAUGAGAGAAGCCAGCUUCAUUGCGGAAGAGAUGGACAAAAGGACGGAGUACAAGGUCACCCUUCAGAUCCCGGCCUCCAGCCUGAAUGCCAACAGAAAGCGAGGGGCUGUGCUCAGCGAGCCGGCGAUCCAGGUGAGGCGGAAAGGGAAAGGGAAACAGAUCUGGUCCUUGGAGAAGCUGGAGAACCGGCUGGUGGACAUGAGAGACCUCUAUCAAGAAUGGAAAGACUGCGAGGAAGAUAACCAGGUCAUGAGGUCUUACUUCCGGCGUGCCGAUCCCUUUUACGACGAACAAGAGAACCACAGCCUCAUUGGGGUGGCCAAUGUCUUCCUGGAGUGCCUUUUUUACGAUGUGAAGCUGCAGUACGCUGUGCCCAUUAUCAAUCAGAAAGGAGAGGUGGCCGGCCGUCUCCACGUGGAAGUGGUGCGUGUGAGCGGAGAGAUCGGGGAGCGAAUUGCAGGAGGGGACGACAGCCCGGAGGGCUCCCCCGAGAAUGAUGUCCAGGAGAACAAGCUGGUGUGCCUGAUCAAAAUCCUUCAGGCUACCGGCUUGCCUCAGCAUCUCUCCAAUUUCGUCUUCUGCAAGUAUUCUUUCUGGGACCAGCUGGAACCUGUGACGGUGGCCCCCGAGGUGGAUCCUUCACUCUCCCCCAUCAGCAAGGAGCCGCGAUGCAUGGUCGUCUUUGACCACUGCAAUGAGGUUUCCGUCAACAUUACAGAAGAUUUUAUGGAGUACCUUUACGAUGGCGCUUUAGCCAUUGAGGUUUACGGGCAUAAGCAGUGUGACCCUCGGAAGAAACCAGCCCUGUGGGACCUGGGAAUCAUUCAAGCCAAAACGAGAAGCCUCCGAGACCGGCUACGGCCGGCAGAGGGUCAGUCCCGUCGGAUUCAGGUGGAAGUGAAGUCCGUGCAAGAGUCUGGGACGUUGCCGCUGAUGGAAGAAUCCAUCUUGUCCGUUGCAGUGGGUUGCGUUCAGACAAGAAACAUCAGGCCGCCCAAAAAUCACGAGAACCACCAGGAGGAAGAUGAUGACAUGGACAGUUACCAGGACAGGGACCUGGAGAGGCUCCGUCGGAAGUGGCUGAAUGCGCUUACAAAACGCCAAGAAUAUCUCGAUCAGCAGUUGCAGAAACUGGCAGGGAAGCCUGACAAAACCGAAGAUGAUGCAGACCGAGAAGCUCAGCUGUUAGAAAUGAGGUUGACACUCACCGAAGAAAGAAAUGCUGUUAUGGUGCCGUCGGCGGGCAGCGGGAUCCCCGGAGCACCCGCAGAAUGGUGUUUGGUACUUCGCAGCCCUGCCUCCGCUGCAGACGAUUUUAGCUCUCAGGAUAACCUCGAUGAGCCAGAAGCUGGCGGCUGGGAUGCUACAUUGACUGCGGAAGAGGAAGACGAGCUGUUUGAAUUGCAGAUCGUGAAGCAUCACGAGAGCGAGGCAAAGGCUGAAGCUUCCUGGGAUUCCACCGUUCACAACUGUAUACAGCUGAGCAGAGGAACGGCAGCCGAGCAGAGGGUUUACCUUAUUGUGCGUGUGGCCGUGCAGCUCAGCCACCCGGCCGAAAUGCAGCUUGUCCUCCGGAAGCGGAUUUGCGUCAACGUUUAUGGCAAGCAGGGUUUUGCCCAGAGUUUCCUAAGGAUGAUGUCUUACCGAAGCUCUGUGCCUGGCUGCGGAGUCACCUUCGAAGUUGUUUCGAAUAUUCCAGAGGACGCUCAAGGAGCAGAAGAACGGGAGGCACUAGCCAGAAUGGCGGCCGACGUGGAGAACACCGCUUCGGCUGACUCAGAGGCCCAUAUAGAGAAAUACCUCCGGAGUGUACUGGCUGUGGAGAACAUCCUUACUCUGGACCGGUUACGCCAGGAAGUUGCUGUGAAGGAGCAGGUCACGGGCAAAGGAAAGCUGUACCGGAAGAGUCUCAGUUCCCCGAACGUGAAUCGGCUCUCUGGAAGCCGCCAAGAUCUCAAUCCGCCCUAUAGCCUUGCUACUUACAAAUUUCCAAAAGUCCUGCCAGAGAGCCGUUGGGAAAGUCAACAGGAUGUGUCACAAAGUUCAGCCCAGUCCAACCGGUCCAGAGCGAGUCUCCCGGGCUGUCCUCAGCAAAACGGUUCUACCGAUCCAGGACUGACCAGCCUGGCCGCCUCUUACUUGACUCCUGUGAAGUCCCUCGUGCCUCAGAUGCCAAAGCUGCUUAAGUCUCUCUUUCCUGUUAGAGAUGACAAGAAGAAGAGCAGGCAGCUGUCUCCUCUUUCACAGCAGCCUGUCCCACGGAUUAUGGUCCAGUCCGCCAGCGUUGAUGCCAGCGCUGCAAAACUGAAGCAGGCCGCCUCAGGGGACGGGCGCAAAGAACCUUUCGAGGUGGCCGCGCACUCGACUGAGCUGGAGAAGAACCCGGAAAGGUCUACCAAGGUGCCUUUGCAACAACCCUCCGUGGACGCUCAAACUCAGGACUCCCAAGAGGGGCCACCGAGCCCCUUGAGCGAAGCCUCCAGCGGCUACUUCUCCCACAGCGUUUCCACGGCGACCCUUUCGGAAGCACUCGCUCAGGCGAACGAGGCGACCCUUCAGGUGGUGGGCGGCCAGGCGCCCGCCACAAACGAGGCUCCCCAGCCUCCCGCCGCUGCCCUGCAGGGGUCUACGAUGGACACCCCCCUAAAAUCGUGCCCGGUUUUACCUUCGGACUCUUCUCUCCCCAGAGGGGAUCUGGUUAGCCCUAGCCUUAAACUUGAUCCAACGAGAACUAAGGACGGUGAUCAAGUGAGCAGCGACAGCCACUUAGGGUCAAAGCCCGUUCGUUCUUCUGCCCCUCCAGCUGAAGACCAAGGAGCUACCUCUCCAGCUGCAGAGGGCACAGGUGGCCCUUCUACCUCUCCGUCAAGGCAGAAAGAGUUGAGGGAAAGACUGACAUCUUCACAGCCGCCUUUGGCUUCACCCGGUGGGAGUCCCCCUCGGGCGGGAAAGCCAGCCUCCAUCGGUGAGACGGGACCUUCCAGAGCCCCAGUUCUUUCCGACCUCUCCCCGCCACCCAGCGGCACAGUCUCGCCAUUCAAAAUCCAAAGAGUCAGGACGUCCGAGCUCCGCUCCUUCUCCAGCAUGUUGGGAGGAGAACCGGGAGCCUCCUUGAGUUCCGAAGACGAGAAAAGCCGUCGGAAUUCACAAGGGCCCAACCCGGACAACGGCAGCGAAGCUGGCCCCGAGGAAAAACCCGGCACAGCGUCGGACUCUGAAGAAACCAACGAAGUCCCGGACUGGCUGAAGGAGGGCGAAUACGUGACCAUCGGGACCAGUAAGAGCGGGACCGUGAGAUACGUUGGCCCCACGGACUUCCAGGAAGGGACCUGGGUCGGAGUUGAGUUGGAUUUGCCGUCAGGUAAGAACGACGGUUCCAUCGGAGGAAAGCAAUACUUCAAGUGCAAUCCAGGUUAUGGGCUCCUGGUGAAGCCGAGCCGAGUCAAAAGGGCGACCGGACCAGCGAGGCGCCGGAGCGCGGGGAUGAGACUGCAAGGGGGAGCAGCGCCAGAGCUCCAGAGGAGCGGCCCGCUGCCGGGCUCCACCUCCAGCCUCACGUCUUUGACGGCCCUUGCCAAAACGGAAGGCGGGGCAGCCUUACGACCCGAAAAGACCCCUAAGAAUACCGAGGACCGUAAGUCGUGGGCGAACUGAUUGGAUGAUGGGACCUCUCGGAGCGGGCCUUUCUUGGGAGCAGCCUUACUUUGCACAGCCGAACUGUCGGGGGAUGAGGGGCAGCCAGCCGGCACCCUGCGGACCCCUAACCCCGUAGCAGAAUCUAUGCAUUUGUGUUCUCCGCUAGAAGCCUCUGUAGACCUUCUGUCCUUGUUAGGAGGGAGUCGCGCGUUGAGACUCCCGAUGCAGACAGAGAUCCUUUUGUACAAGUGUGUCCAGCCGAUUUCUCCCAGUUCACCAGGGUUGUGAGUGUGUCGUCCAUGGAAGGACCUUCCCAACAUGGACUGCCUCCAUUUCCAACUCCAGCCGAAAGGGCUGACCAUGAGCAAUGGUCCGACCCAGCUUUGGCUCAUCUUACAAGUAACAGCCUACUACGAACAGGGUCUGUUUCUAAUCUUUUAACUCCUCUGUUUGACAUCAACGGGAAGGUCUUGUGUCUUGCUGUCCUGGAAUGAGCUAGGCCUUUUGAAUGCCUAAGGUGUUUCUUUGGGUUUGGGUUGGUGUUCCUUUUUUUAAUGCAUCCUUAAUUUAAAUGUCCUUCCUCUAGCCGGUAACGGUAUUUAAAUGUGUGCUUUGUUUGCUAUUUAAAAACGAAAAAUGGCAAACAAAACAAGAAGAGAAAGUCGAUUUCUCUCCCCUUUAGCAUUGUUUGAGGGGGCCAGAACGCCCUCCGGUGCUACCCUCCUUAUAAAAGUCCGUUCUGAACGGUUGAUCCGACGUUGCUUAAAGUAACCGUAAAGUAGGCGGUACCUAGGGUGGUGUUACCCGAUGGAGUGAUGGGACUAGGGCUCUGGAGACCCGGGUUCGAAUCCCUGCUCAGCCGUGGAAGUUCACUGGGGAAGUAGCAUUGGCAAAACUACUCUUCAAAGGUCUCACGUAUCUUGGAAGCCCUCUCACAGUUUGCCAUAAGUUGGUUCCAACUGGAGGGCAUGUGACUAACUAAC